GCGCUUUUUCCCACACUCAUGCGACGCGGCGUCGGCCUCGCUGCUUUCGACCGCCAACAGCAAUCCAACAGAUCGUUCGCUCAGUUAUCCAGCCAGCUCUCCCAAGCCCAGGUCGACAACCUCCAUGCCCAGCUGAACCAAUUCCGAACCGCUCUCGCUCGUUUCGCGACAACCCACCGCGACUCGAUCCGCAAAGAUGCUGCCUUCCGCCAUGCGUUCCAGCAGAUGUGCUCAUCGAUAGGGGUAGACCCGCUUGCAGGGCCGCGAAAGGGCGGCUGGUGGGCGGAAAUGCUCGGGCUUGGUGACUGGCAGUACGAGCUUGGGGUGCAGAUUGUGGAUGUUUGUGUGAGCACGCGGGAGCGGAAUGGGGGGUUAAUCGAGAUGGACGAAUUGCUCAGGCUAGUCCGCAAGCUACGCGGUGUUGGUGGUGGCCAAGUCACCGAAGAGGAUGUUGUAAGAAGUAUCAAGACACUUCAGCCGCUGGGAGGUGGGUAUGAGGUCAUUGUCCUUUCUGACAGCCGCAAGUUGGUGCGCAGCGUGCCAAAAGAACUGGACGAAGACCAGGCUGCUAUAUUGGCCGUCGCGCAACAAGAGGGAGGCCGGAUUGUCGCUGACAUGCUGGUUGCUCGCAAAGGCUGGACCCACAAUCGCGCCAAAACGGCAUUAGAUAAUAUGGUGCUGCGAGAUGGACUCUGUUGGCUGGAUGAACAGGACGAAUUCUCCGGCACAGCUUACUGGGUAACGUCCGCCAUGAAAUGGGACGUAUAA